CUUGGCUAACUCCCAUUCCUCUACCCCCCCCCACCUCCAUUGACUCCGCCCGUCUGCAUCUCUCUGUGUAAUUUCCUGUGGUGUGUUGGACUGGGCUGGGCUUAAUACUUUACUGGAGCUGCGCUCGGUUUUCGAGAGAGAGAGAGAGUGGGAGAGAGCGCGGCUGGGGUGGUAGAGUGCUCGCAGUGAACGCCAGGGAAUCUCUUUGAGUCGCUCCGAGUUGAGUCCGCGGCAUAAGAAGGACGGCGAGAAGGUCCGAGUUCGCGCUCACGGGUCCACGACAGCUUCGCCUCCAACUCGGCCCGUCUCGCCUUGUCUUCCCCCCGUCACCUCGCGAGUGCCGCGUGAAACAGUGCCACAAUGAGCUGGGGCUUCCUGACGCGUCUCCUCGACGAGAUCAGCAACCACUCGACCUAUGUGGGCAAGAUAUGGUUCACCGCCUUCCUCAUGUUUCGCAUCAUCCUCACGUGCGUGGGCGGCGAGACCAUCUACUACGACGAGCAGAGCGCCUUCGUGUGCAACACCAAGCAGCCGGGCUGCGAGAACGUCUGCUACGACGAGUUCGCGCCCCUGUCGCACGUCCGCUUCUGGGUCUUCCAGACCAUCAUCGUCGCCGUGCCGUCCAUCGUCUACCUCGGCUACGCCAUGCACAGCCUGAGCCGGGCAGAAGAAGCCCGGGGGAGCGUCGCGCCAAGGAGCAAGAGCCGACCGGCGAUGGGCACCCAUCGGGCUCAGCACCGCCACAUCGAGGAGACGGAGGGCGACCACGAGGAGGACCCCAUGAUCGUCGAGGUGGCCGACGAGGACGCGCCCAAGGCCUCCGCCAAGGGCGGCAAGGGCGGCAAGGAGGAGUCGCCGCCGCCCUCGAGGCACGACGGGCGCAGGAGGAUCCGCCAGGAGGGGCUGAUGAAGAUGUACGUGGUGCAGCUGCUCAUACGCACCGUCUUCGAGGUGGGGUUCCUCUGCGGGCAGUACUACAUGUACGGCUUCGCGGUCACGGCGCGCUUCGAGUGCACGCGCUCCCCCUGCCCGCACCGCGUCGACUGCUUCGUGUCGCGCCCCACCGAGAAGACCAUCUUCCUGAUCAUCAUGUACUCCUCCGUCACCUUCUGCCUCCUGCUCAACUUCUGGGAGAUGCUGCACCUGGGCCUCGGCUCCAUCCGGGACAUCCUGCGCGGCAAGAAGGAGCAGCAGCAGGAGGAGCAAGAGCGCCAGCAGUUGGCCCUGAGGCAGCAGCAGCAGUCCUUCUACCAGCAGCAGCAGCACCAGCAGAAGCACCAGCCGCCGCCCCAGCAGCAGCAGCAGCAACUACAGCAGCAGCAGCAGCAGGAGCAGCCGUUCCCCAUGAGCCCUGCGCCUUGCUACAACCAGCACUACCCGCGGCAAGCACCGCACGCUCCGCCCGUCUACGACUCCCUGCACGCGGCGGCGGCGGCGCAGUUCCCCUCCAAGGUGCCCGACGGCGGUCGCUCGAUGGUGGCCAGCGUGCCGCAGGGCCUCUUCCCCGCGAGCAUGGAGAGGCAGCAGGCGGCGGCCACGGACGGCGCGAGUUGCGGUCCGGCGCGCACGACGGCGCCCGCCGGAGACGUCGGUCCGGCGCCCGCGACGGCGUUGCCACCUUCGUCGCCGGCCGCAGCGUCCCCGUGUCCGGGAGAGGCGGCAGGACGGGGGUUCCACCCGUCGGCGAACUCCUACUCCUCCUCCCGGCCCAGUUCCCCCGCGGGGUCAAACAACAGCGCGGCUGCGGCGGCACAGAACCGGGUCAACUUGGCAUACGAGCAGCAGCAGCAGGCGCAGCAGGUCGCUGCUGCCACCGCCGCAGCAGGAGGUGCCGUGGCGGCCAACGGCUGCGUCAAGACGGCAGCCGGGGGGGACAAGCAGGGCUCGGUGUGGAUUUAAGUCGGGGGGGGGGUUGUUGCGCUUGAGGGUGACGGGUGGUGGAGGGGAUGGGUGUAACCAUCUCUCUCCCCCCACCCCGAACCCCUCCACUGCUCUCGACAUCUCUCCCUCCCUCCCCAGCCUCUCCCCUUCGACUAUCGCCUGCCCCCCCCCCCUCACCCCACCUUCCCCAAACACACACAGCAGCCUGGAUGAGUCUGAGUCUUGCCUUCUACUUAAUGCUGAGGAUUUUAGAAGGGGUGGUGGGGAGGGGGGCGCGGCGGAGUUCGGAGCUGAUUAAGAAGUUGGUUUCGGUAGAAAUGUAGAUUUGUUGUCACCCGUCCACCACAAACCGGUGGCCUCUCACCGCCUCCGCAGCCCCCCCCCUCCUCCCCCAACUCCCCCAUCACCACGUCCCCCCCCCCCCCCAACUGGGGAAUGAGCUUCUGAUGUGCGCCUCCCUCUCCUAGGGUCGUGUGGUGGUAUUGUUGUUGGCUAUGGUGUUGGUGGUGCCAAGUCUCGUGAUGGCGAAAAUGAUAUUGGUGGUGGUGCUGAUGUGGUGAUGGUAGUACCGGUACUGUCGUGAUGCUUGUGGGGUGAUAGAUGUGGUGGUGGUGGUGGUGGUGAUGCUGAUGGUGUGGAUAUUGGUAAUUGAUGGCAGUAGUAGUGGUGGUGAUAGUGGUGGUGGUGGCGUUCGUGGUCGUGAGAAGUCGCCCUUCAACAACAACGGAUGGCAGAGGAGCCACGAUCAAAACAACGAGCGGAGCAGUCAACCCAUAACACCCGGGGCUGUCACGUGACCUGCCGGCAGCGAGCCUCCCACACUUAACGUGGCCGCUACGUGCACCUAGCCUGGCACAGGAGCCGUGGUGAUGUCACGGCCGCUUCGUGGCGACUGUUGUUGGUGGCUGUUUGGUGGUGGUGCUGCUGAUAUUGGUUGUGUUGGUGGUGGUGCUGAUAUUGGUUGUGUUGGUGGUGGUGGUGCUGCUGAAAUUGGUUGUGUUGGUGGUGGUGCUGAUAUUGGUUGUGUUGGUGGUGGUGGUUGUGCUGCUGCUGAUAUUGUUUGUGUUGGUGGUGCUGCUGAUAUUGGUUGUGUUGGUGGUGGUUGUGCUGCUGCUGAUAUUGGUUGUGGUGGUGGUGGUGCUGCUGAUAUUGGUUGUGUUGGUGGUGGUGGUGCUGCUGCUGAUAUUGGUUGUGUUGGUGGUGUUGGUGGUGAUGUGAGCGCGACCGCUAAACCCAUCACAGCUGUCACUCGCAGCUCUGCGUAGCACGGUUCGCAGGUCACUCGUACUUGGGCCAGCUCGCGAGGCUUCGUGCCGCUGGACGGAGUUGGACGGAGCCGAGGUUAAGCGCAGGAGGGGCAGUGUGAGGGCGGGAGACGGCCACCGAGUCAUCCCAUGCCUUGCCAGCUUCUCUGACCUUCCUCCCCCCUUUAUUGCAACGCUGUCAUCGUCACCACUACCACGACCACCACGUGCGCAGCUCCUUACUUGACAUUCCAGAGAAAGUCGUGCCAUGUUUGAGUGGCGUUCUUUAUCAAUACGCAGCAGCAGCAGCAGCAGCGAACGAAGGUGGUUUGUGGAUAAGCUCGUAUCUAUUACAUCUUUAAUAGUGCUUUUUGUUGCUGGUCGCUUGGCGUUUUGCGCUUUUUUUUGGACUGUGUUCAGCAACCGCGAUAGAAUAAAUCGUCGGCCUGCGUAGGGAGACGCAAUUGCAUUUGUUCGCGCGGAGACGCGUACGGUUUUAGCCUUCGCAAGUUUUCUCCUUUUUUUGUUGUUGUUGGGAUACUCGCUCUGUCCGCAGCCGAGUCGGUUGCAUGAUUCGCCUGCGUGCUGUUCGUACGGCAAACACACAUUGUUGUGUGCGCGCACGUGCAGCCUGCCCUGAGUGGAACGAACGUCCCGUACCGAGCUGGCAAGUUCUGUUCCGCUAAGCCUCAAACACGUUCGCCGCAUCUCGCCAUCCAACGAAUCGUCGACAUUCGCUUCGACGACUUGUUGGAUUUUCGACGCGUGCCUAGCUUGAGCUGAAGAAUCGAUGGUGGUCGAUACAUCGAUGAUUGUUGCACCCCCGCUUUUGAAGCUUCGAUGGCCCCCUGAAUGAAAACAUUCCCUGCCCAUGUCAUCAGCCCCACUGUAAUCUGUUCCCCCCCCCCCCACUCGCACCACGCUCGCCUCCGUUCACAGCCGUGAGGCCGGUGGUGGAAACUCCACGUGAGUAUGGCGGGGGCCAGUCAUUCCACGUCCCGGUGUGAAAUCCACAAUUACGAUGCCGCGCUCCGGCACGCGAGGGUGACGCUCGCUCCCAGCACCCCCCCGCCCCCCCCCCCCCCCCACGUGUCCCCAUGCUCCUUGCUCCCCGUGCCGCGAGGCGCGUGCGCCCCCGUGUCUGCCACUCCGUGUCCCCAUGCUCAUCCUGCACAUCGUGCCAUCGUCGUUCCUCCAUGGCACACGAGGAGGUGGCCUGCCCAAAACCCUCAUUUACCUCGACUGCUAGAAUUUGUAUGUUUACCAGGUAAGCCUCCCUGAGCUACAUACUCUUUUUCAGAAGCGGGAAAAAAAACAAAUGAUAGCUCAGCGAAGUGGCUUAUGUAUAGCGGCCAAAUACUCAAAACGUGGAGGGGAAAAGCCGGAGAACCCGGAGAAAAAUCCACGAAACCACGGGGAGAUAAACAUGCAAACUCCAAAUUAUACAGGCGUCAGGGUUGAGAUCAAACCCACGACCUCCUGCAUAUCAGGCGAGGGAGUUAACAUCUCUCAGAGUCCAUGCGAUUGUCGCUCUGCGUCACGUGGCCCUCUUCCUGUCUCUUAUUUCCCAGCAUUCCAACCCCGCCGUGCUUCUGUGCGCACUCGGUCCCAUUUACUUUGUCAACGUGUCCAUGUUUCACAUCCGUAUGGCGUCGCAGCCAACAUUCGUGCAAUUAUGCGCACGUGAUCGCGAUCACCAAACGAAGGGCAUAUGUUAUGUAUGUUAAACUUCUUUCGCACCGUACGUAGCCUACCGCACUAAUCGCACGUGACUGGUGCUGAAUGGGAGCUGGGUGAGCUCGUAACGGAGUGCUGUUGUGGAAAGUGUGACAUCGCGAUCGGUCUGGCUACUCCACGUUCACGGCAAAGGGGGUGCAGGGUCCUUACAGCGGAGGGGUCCCGCGUUACUUGAAGUAAGGUUGUGGGCCCCUAGGCCGCCCCCCCCCCCUCACCCCUUCGAGGGGUGCGGGGGGGGUCCGACCCUAACCCCCAGACAAUUGCCGAGUCCUUGGCGAGUCGAGGAAGCGGAGCGCCUGUCUCGGGAUGCAAACUUGAGCGACCAGAAGUCGCGCGUCGGCGGUAGCUCGGCGACACGAAGCGAAAGAAGAUUCUUGAAAGUUCUCCCAAGAGAAGAGAGAACUCGGACCGAAGGGCCCCGCAAAAACCACGCUCGCCGCCCCCCCCCCCCCCCCCCCGCUGCCUUACCCCACGCGUCGCGUUACACAUUCUUACACUUUCUGAAAGCAAGACUCAAACGACAAACAGCUCUGGUAGAUGCACACUUUAGGCUGCGUGUCAAACAUCGUUGACGUUGCGUUUUAAUGACGGAGGACCAAAGAAGAAAGCGACGUUCAAGUUAGGGUCUUGCGUCACGUCGCUCAACGGACGUGUUCAAACACACGCGGGUAACGUUGUGGUGUUAUCAGGACCAUAACUUUGAACGGCCGCAUUUUUCCCGAUGAUGAGACGCUCCGCUAAAGUUAAGAAGCGCCACAAAACGAAUGCUCGGUGUCGAUGAACAUCACCAACUCUGGUUCCCGCAACCCACACCGGAUUUGAAGAUGCACCUCAACGUUGCUUUGAAACACAUGGGCAGAGUGCGUCUUAUCGUCUGGAAAAGUCGGUGAUAGGGAGCUCUCUGAGCAGUUCUGUCUCGACGCAUCCAUCCCACGUCCACUGUCUGAGAGCUAUACGCUUGGUUCUUUCGGUAAAGUCACGUAUAAGGGAAUAUGAAUCCCUGCAGUCACGAAAGCUUUCAAUGUCUGAGAGCUGUUUGUUAUGGGCCGCGUCUUCUUGAAUUACACUUUGUGUCCACUUGUUUGUCACACGUCUUUAAACAUUUCAUAUCAUCUUAAGUUUAUAUUAUUGGGGUUUUUUUGUUUGUUUCAAUAGUAUUAUUUUUUAUUCCCCACAAAUGUAUCGAAAGAAACAAACGGCACGCGGCGUUUUGCUUGGCCGCAACGGCAAAGACAGCGUGAGCUUUACUUACUUCGCAGCGUCGAGUUUCACUCCCCAGAGCAUUUCAAUCAAAAGCACGUGCUCGCAUUGUGACCCGUUUCCGUGCGUCACGUGUCCACGCGUUUCCGGUGGUCGGUCGUCACGUGUCCACGCGUUUGUCGUCACGUGCCACGCGCACGCAAUUCUCGGUUGUUAUUGUUGUCUUACAAGGUGCCUUUAAGAGUCGAGAUACUUGAAUUUAUAUGCGUUUAGCUUUGUCGGUGCACAUUGAUAAGUUUAGACACCCAACUCGCUUCGGGUGAGUGGCGAUUCUGAAUAGGGGAGCCCUUUGGGUGGGGGGGCAAUACCCCCCCCCCCCAAACCUACCCACACCACCCCCCCACUCCCAGGCCAUAUUCGUGUGCCCCCACCUCCCAACCCCAUAUGCCCUCCAUUCAGGGGCAGCUCCUCGGGGUGGCUGGGCAGGCACCCAAGUUAAAGUUCAAAUUGUUCAUCGUGGACAAUGCCGGCACACCUGGCCAGUCGCUUCCUUCCUUCUGCCAGAUUGCUCGUCAGCCUCACGGUCAAUGUGCCCUCUCGCAGUCUCGCCCAACUCCCGCAAGGAACUUCGCCGCCAGCUUGUGGGGCAUUAGGCGUGUAACGAUGAUUCCCUUCCUGGCAGGUUCGAUACAUUCACCACAAUUAAGGUGACGACUCAACAAUCGAUAACUUGUCACUGCGACACACGCAUUUAUCCCUCGCGGAUGUCCGGGAUGAUUCGAAGGUCGUCGUUUCUGACACGCGUGGCUAUGCGCACACGUCGUGAGCCGUAACAAUCGAUUUUAAAUCGACGAAUCGAUUGACCGUUACGUGCCUGGUGGGUAUUGGAUGCCCUCCUCCCACCUCGGCCGUUUGUUUUAGAAUCGCCACCGCCACGUCUGAGCGAGAUGGGGUUAGAGGUAGGGCUAUAAGUCGGCACUUGCGCCUGUUGGCUGACGGUGGAGGGCAGCCCGUGCCCUCGCAAGGAGGUCGUGUGGGGGGCCCUACAUGGGUCGGGGGUGGUGGGAGGGGGGGGGGGCACAGCGACACUCGGAUAGUUGCGCAGUGGGUGAGCAGAGGGGUUCGCGGUGAGUGGAGACGGAGUCACGGGGGUCGGACUGCUCAUUGAGGUUCAUUGUCCAAAUCCUUAAUGGAGAGAUUCCUUCAUUGGCAAGGGAACUCCCACGGAGAUCAUGCUGAACAGAGAGCGCUCUUGGUAGCGUUUCCAUAGCAGAGAUUCCUUGAUGGAGAAAUGUAUGUUCUGGCCUGUUGAACUAGGCCUGAAUAGAGACAUAUUCCUUGAUAGCGAGAUAUCUGUUUACAGAGAAACCGUCCAUCGUAGAUACAGGGAGAGAGCUUUCUCACUUGAUAGAGAUACACACAUUGAUUAUAUAGAUACUUCAUAGAUAAGUACCACUUAAUAGAGACAUACUUUCUCUUACAAAGAUAUAGAUGAUUCAAUUCAGAACAAAGACAUCUCUUCGCAGUGAGAUAUCCAUUUAUAUAAAUCCCUUUAUAUUAAGAUAUGUUAAUAGACACACGUGGUGGUUACAGAGAGUCUAUGUAAUAGAGGGAUCAUUCUUGAUAGAAUGUCAUUGAUAGAGAACCUUCAUGACAGUAAUCCCUUCGUAGAGGUAUGGUCCUUCAAAGGCAUUCUCUAACAACGUUGGUUUCUUCGCUGACAAACAUCUUCCUUUUGAAGAGAGACCCAUUGAUAGGUAAAAUAUAUUCACAAGUGAAAUUCAGCAACAGAAAUGCCCCUUCAUAUACAAUUAAUUAUGAUUUUUUUUUUACGAUAUUAUAACAAUGCUUUUCAUUUACCCUGGGAAACCACAAUGAGUCUCGAGGCUGUUUUUCAGCAGGACGGGUCCUGCAUUGGGGAUAUUUGGAUAAUUCCACUUGUGGGAGUUUGGCAUCGUGUGGGAGGAAACCAGAGAUCCCUGCAGAAAGUCCACCACGCACGGUAUUCCCAGUCUUCCAUCUACAACUCGCCGUCAUCAUCAUCAUCAACAUAAUUUCCUGUAUUUCUUACCAGCUAAGAGAGAUUUAAAAUAUUAAAAGUUUCUCUUUUGAAAGCACAUCUCUGGGUGUCAAACAAGAGCUACCCAGAAAUAUGGUCACGUGUUCUUAUCGUUGCUGAUCUACCAGAUUUAAAAACCCACGUUGUUCGAACAUCGGUCAUUGCAAAACUUGUAACCCUAGCUAUUAACCCUUCCUAGAAUGCUGGUUGAUCACCGACGGGAUGAAAAGCGAGAACGCGUGUCCGCAUCAUUCAUUGUUUUUCACGUGCUCUGUUUAAAAAGCAAACGAACUUAGUUUUUUUUUAUAUAUAUCGAAUAAUCGACACCAAAGCCGCAUUGCUGUGCCCUUACGCUGCUGUUCUGAGCAGCCGCUUGCGAGGCGUGGGAGCUGCCCAAAGAAUUUCGUCGCGAGCCACGACCGAGCGAUGUUUGUUUCUGCGCCGAAAUACAGAACGAAACAAAUAAACUUCAUCAAUCGAUGUUGUUGGAA